CUUUACCCAUCUUUAUUUCUCGCUAUGUCUUGGUCACGUCUCAUCCGUUUCAUUGAUGUCGCCGGUAUGGCUUGCUUUGGCGAGCCGGAAAUCAGCGACAUCACCAAGCUGGCACAAGAGUGCCUGGCCGGAAAUCUCUAUGCCCAGGAGUUUAUCGGAGAGAGCCCCAUGGCUGUCGUUCCUGGUACUCGUCGGCUGCAAGUGAAGGAAAUUCUAGGCAUCCUUCGGCCCACAGAUGUUCCUAUCAUUCGUUGCGUGGGCUUGAACUACAUGAAGCACAUUAAGGAAGGUGGUCGCAACCCUCCUCCUCACCCAUCUAUUUUCAUCAAACCGGCCACGUCCAUUGCUUCCUACAGUGAGGACAUUCCUAUCCCUAAAAUUGCCCAAGAUUCGGUAGACUAUGAAGGCGAAAUGUCCAUCGUGAUCGGUAAGACUGGCAAAAACAUCUCCAAGGAGAACGCACUUGACCACAUCGCUGGUUAUGUUGUUUCAAACGAUGUCUCCUGUCGGCAUUGGCAAAAAGAUCCGGCAUUUGCUGGUGGUGUGCCCCAGUGGUGCUUCAGCAAGGGCUUCGAUAAAUAUGCCCCUGUUGGUCCCGUUCUUGUGUCUCCCAAGGUCGUUGGUGCUGCUGAUAACCUUCGCCUUCAGACUUUGGUUAAUGGAGAGGUUCGUCAGGACACACUUACAAGUGAUUUGCUCUUUAAUGUCCCCCACAUCGUCAGCUUUAUCAGUCAGGGAACUACCCUCGAAGCAGGUACUGUUAUUAUGACUGGUACACCAGCUGGCGUAGCAAUGGGCAUGUCUCCUCCGAAAUAUCUCAAGAAUGGCGACGUGGUAGAAGUGAGUAUUGAGAAACUUGGGUCCACCAAGAAUCUUAUAGUGUUUGAGUAA